CCUAGCAACAACCCCCACUGUCAUUUUUACACAAUGAGAAAUGUUUAUCCAUAAUACACUUUGACAGUGGUUGUUCCCUGCCAAACAACAGAAAAAUCAGGUUAAAAAUAACUAAUUUACUAAAAUAGAUUGGGCGGAUGUAGCUAACACUAGCUGGAAUCCGCUACCUGGAGCUUCAAGUGUGGGAAGAAUAACAGCUCAAAAAUGGCAGAGGCAGUCGCAAGGGUGGCCCGUAUAACGAAUGAAAUUGUAGAGGAAGGCAAAGAUACUUUAGAUUUGUCAAACUGCAAGUUGGUGUCAUUCCCAGAUGGUGUGUUCAAGAUCUUGAUGAGUGUCUUAGACAACAUACAUAUUGUUAUAUUGGCUAAUAAUGAGUUGAAAGUAAUUUCCAGCAAAUUCUUCUCAAACUUCCCUCAGAUGAAAGAAUUGGACUUGCAAGGAAAUGUUCUCACCAAAGUGCCAGAUGUGGUGGAAGAAUUAAAGCACUUGACCAGCAUUAGUUUGGCCAAUAACAAGUUCACCAUCUUCCCAGAAAAGCUAACGGAGAUAGCCACGCUAGAGAGGAUCAACCUGGAGGGAAACAGCAUCACUGAAAUCCCAGUGGAAAAACUCUCUGCCAUGCCAGCACUGAAGUGGAUCAACGUGAAGACCAAUCCCUUGGACUCAAACACCCAGUCUGCCCUGCAGUCCGUCCAAAAAUUUGAAGUGUUGUUCACAACCGAUUCCUGAAAGAUGGUUUGAAAGACACAUCACACAGACUGCAUACUACGUGCCUUUCACAGUGUUCACGUUUUAAAACAAAGGUUUUUGAGAACAAUGGUCUCCUUUGUUUUUAACUUUACUGCUGCUCCUCUAAAUUUGGUCCACUAUAUAUAUUUUGUACUGCAUAAAGGUACAUACAUAUAUAAAGAUUAUAAAUAUAAAUAUUUAUUACUUAUUUAGAAAUGUUUAGUUAAAGUAUUUUUCUUACUCAGGACAUUGCUUUAUUUCUUCAACUAUCUUUUUUGCUGGGUGCAUAUUAUUAUUUACAUUUUUUUCCAGUUUCAGUGGUAGACAAAGAAUGAAAAAGUUUUUGCUGAACGUAUUUAUAUAAUAUUUAGUCAACCGUUAUUUGACAAUUGUUUUAAAUUCUGAAACAACAUACAAGUGGUCUCACCAUCUAUCAUCUAUCAUCAGAGGAAGUUGUUGACAUAAAAAAGGCAAAACAUUACCGAGAAAAAUAUUGAUAACCAAUAAAAAAAAGAUAAAGAGCAGUACAUUAUAAUAGUUCAAUAUGCACAACUCUCAGAGGACAAUCUGCUUUUGCAGUAAUGUGAAAUACUGUAUUUUUGAAAUGUUUACAUUUUAUUGGUUUCGACACCAAAGGCAUUUUUCUGAAUAUUGCAGUUGCUUUAAACAGGAAACUACUGAUAAACAACAAGUCUUAUGUUUUCUGCUUUCAUCAUUUUGCCUGUAAAUUAAUUCACAUAGCUACUGAAUUUAGGUCAAAUAUGUUUCAGUGCAACAUGUAAAGCCAAGUCAAUUUUAUUUAUAUAGCUUAGUUUUACAUGAAACGUUUAAUCCCCCUGUACCCCUCCCCCCAAGACAAAAAAAAAAAAA